UCCGCUACACGAGUAGCUCAGAGUGUCUGUAUCUCCAAAAAAAGAAAAAAAGAAAAAAAAAUGGAAAUGAAGGGAUUGGGAUUAAUAGUGGGCAUGGUUUCGAUGGCCGUGAUGUGGUACGAAUGUCAGGCGAGCAGCAAUCUCCACCCUCUGAUCCUGGUGCCAGGGAGUGGUGGAAAUCAGCUAGAAGCUAGGCUUACGGAUGGAUACAAACCGUCCAGCUUGCUGUGCAGCCGAAGCUAUCCGCCUUUCAAGGACAAGGAAGGGUGGUUCAGGCUAUGGUUCCGCCCCGCCCUGCUCGUCUCUCCAUUCACCCAAUGCUUUGCCGACCGCAUGAUGCUUUACUAUGACCCACAGCUUGAUGAUUAUGUAAAUACCCCUGGGGUCGAAACCAGGGUCCCUAGCUUUGGUUCGACUCGCUCCCUCCUGUAUCUUGAUCCUCAUCUCAAGCGCGUCACAGCAUACAUGGGGGCCCUGGUGAAAGCUCUGGAGCAUAUGGGUUACGUUGAUGGCAAAACAUUAUUCGGAGCUCCAUAUGAUUUUCGAUAUGGUUUAGCAGCAGAUGGUCACCCAUCACGUGUGGGUUCCCAGUUCCUUGAGGACCUCAAAGAUUUGAUAGAAAAAGCAAGCACUUCUAAUGGAGGAAAACCAGUAAUCCUUGUCUCCCACAGCUUGGGAGGCCUCUUUGUCCUCCAACUUCUCAACAGAAACCCCCCAUCUUGGCGCCAGAAAUUUAUCAAGCACUUCGUUGCACUGGCCACUCCUUGGGGCGGCGCAGUGCAGGAAGUGCACAACCUGGCUUCUGGCUACACCCUGGGAGCACCCCUAGUUGAUCCAUUGCUGGUGAGGGGGCAGCAGAGGAGCUCAGAGAGUAACUUAUGGCUCAUUCCUUCUCCUAAAGUGUUUGGUGCGCAACCAUUUGCGGUCACAUUAAAUGCUACUUAUACAGCAAAUGAUGUUGUGCAGUUCCUCCAUGACAUUGGAUUUUCGGAAGGAAUCCAUCCUUACCAAUCUCGCAUUGUGCCUUUGUUGGAACGGUUACCAGCGCCUGCGGUGCCUGUCACCUGUAUAUUCGGGAGUGGUGUUAAAACAGCAGAAACACUGUUCUAUGAUGAAAGUGGUUUUGAUAAGCAACCGGAGAUUGUUUAUGGGGAUGGAGAUGGGACAGUAAACAUGGUAAGCUUGGAAGCUCUUCAAUUGGAGUGGGUUGAUCAGCAAAAUCAACCCCUUAAGACGAUUAGAAUCGAAGGGGCUUCUCAUAUUUCAAUAUUCCAAGACGAAAAAGCAGUUAAUAGAAUAGUAAAAGAAAUUUCAGGUAUUAAUUCUGAUAUUCAUCAUGUAAAGAGCCUAAUUGAUCAGUGAAUAGUGAUCAAUUGGUUGGCAAUUGGGAGCGUUUACUAUAUUUCAAUCUGUAACACUAGGUUCCAACUUCAGGGAACCCUCAGAUUUCAAUGAAAAUCCUCCACCAGUAUACAGGAUCUUUCAUACAUUUGCAAUGCUCCAAUUUUGCUGCCGUUAACCUGGUUAUUUUUGGUAAGGAAUUCAUCCAAAAGGGUCAUUUCUUAGCGUAAUUUGAUGUAUGAGAGAUACCCAUGCAUCACUUGCAGCAUCAACUCGUCGGAGAGAUCCAUGGAGUUGCAGAUAAAAUAAGUCUUUCAUUGGUGGGAAUCAAGCACUCUAUAUGAGGCCAAGGGCCUAGUUAUGAUCUAAUAUGAGAAACAUUUUCAAAAUGAAGUUCUAAAUAGUGGUAAGCCGUGUGAAGUUGAGCAUAUCUCAAAAGCACUUGAUAUAGUUUGGCUAUUGGUGAAGCAAUGACAACUGACAAGCACACCAUAUUGAGGUUGAUAAAUAUCAUUGUCAUUGCCGGUGAGAUUAGGUCGUUUUGUCAAGGUUCAAGGGCAUUUUCUAGUUGAAUCUCAUUCUGACUUUGAUUAACUUCUACAAAGUUGAGGACUCAGCAAGAUGUUCGUUA